AUGUACUAGUUAUUGGACAUUUUACUUCCCUUUGGAAAUUCCUUUUCUAGAGCACCAGCAUUUAGAAUAUUACUCAGAAAUAAAGAGAGAAUAUGGCCUCCUUAGUUACAGACUAUUGUACCCUCUGUAAUGAUGAUGGAACAUCUACAGAAGCUGUCAGGUGGUGUAUAGAAUGUGAGGUGUUCCUUUGUUCAGAUUGUGAAAAACAUCACAAGAAAUUAAGAAUGUCUAAAGACCACAAUACAAUGUCUACAAAAGACUACCACAAUCUACCCAAAUUUAUGCAAGAAAUUAGUAGCCAGUGCAGUGAUCACAAGAAGAAGUAUGAACUGUACUGUUCUUUCCAUGCCUGUCCCUGCUGCGUCACGUGCAUCACAGAUAAACACAAAAAAUGUCAAGAAAUGAAACCACUGUCAGAUAUCAUAAAGAAAGUAAAAUCAUCUGCCUCUGUUCAACUUUUUGAAAAAGAUUUGAGGGAGGUAAAGGAAAACUUAGAAGAGAUUAUAAAACAUCUAACCCGUAGGAUUAAUACAAGUACUAUUCAAAAAACAAAAGCUGCUGAACAAAUUCGAUCUAUGAGGAAGUCCAUAGAUGAUUUCUUAGACAAAUUAGAACAAGAAAUUCUUGAUGAUCUUGAUUCAAAACAAUCAAAGCUGAAAUCUCAGAUGAACACUCUACUACAACAACUGAAAACACAAGCCAAUCAGAUGAGCCAAUUGCAAACUGAGUUUUCAAAGAUGCAAUAUUCAACUAAGCUUCAAACGUAUGUUGGUCUGAGAGAAAUUGAGAAAACUACAUCUGAAGCAGCACAAUACUUAAAAGAUCUAAAAAGUGGAGGUCAAUUGGAUGAAGUAAACCUAGAACUUACCAUCUCUUCUGAACUUCAAUCAAUUCUAAAAGAUGUCAAAUCAUUUGGAGAUAUUAACAUCAAUACCAGCCUAUUUACUCUUCAACUUAAGGCAGUACGAAAAGAUCAAGCACAGUACCAAGUUCAUACUACUCCUACAAUUGAACAAAUCAACCCGUCCUUCUUAAGGCAGCUGACUAUUCCAAAAGAUAGGAAAUAUAUGUUUAUAAGGUCCUGUAUAAUAUUACCUGAUGGUAAAUAUUUAAUUCUUGAUGACCAAUUAAAAAAAAGUUAUAAAAGUUACCUGCUGCUGUUCAGUAAUGACAGAAUGUUCAUGAGAGAAGUAGUGAAAAUUAAAGGAGGCUCAUACGAUAUUUGCUUCGUCAGAACUAAUACAGUUGCUGUUGCAUUAGGAUCAGAAAACCAGAUAGCAUUGGUGGAUGUAGAAAAAAAUAAAAUUUUCAAAUCGAUUAACAUUUCUCACAUCUGUCCUUCAGUAGCAAGUGAUGGUCAAAUAUUGGUCGUCAGCAGUACUGAGAAAAGUACAAUAGUAAAUCUGAAUGAUGAGUCUCAUACAAUCUUAGAAGGAGUAAAGGCAUAUUAUGUUGCAUCAUUCAAAGGAAAUAUCUAUGGUACCAUCAUAAUGGAAAACAAAGUCUGUUGCUACACAAGUAGUGGAGAAGCUCUAUGGACAUUUCAGCACAAUGAUAUUAUCUGUCCAAAAGGAAUAACAUUAGACAAGAAUGGCUUUGUUUAUGUAGUUUCUUGGGAGAACAAUAGAGUUGUAGUAGUAUCACCAGAUGGUAAAACCUGUAAGACAAUACUAUCAGAGGCUGAUGGAAUCAAAGAUCCUUGGGCAAUAGACAUUGACAGAGAAUCAGGAAUUAUGAUUGUAUCUAGUAGAAUAAGGGUUGAUGAUGGAAAUUAUAAAACAGCUUUUGUUUAUAAACUCUGAAAUGUAAUAUUUAUAAUUUUACAAAUUAAAGUCUAUAUAUUAAAGACUAUAUCUAUAUAUACAUGUAUACAUAAUCUCUUGGAUAUACUGCUAGUAACAGAUACAUGUAAAAGUUAACAAGAUAUGGUUUCAUUGCCAAUGAAAAACAAAUAUCCACCAAAGUUAAAAUGAAAUGGAUGUAAGCAAUCAUAGGCAACCAAUAGCCUUCAACAAUGAAAAUUAACACUGCAUAGUUUGCAGUGUUAUAAUUUAUACACCUCUGACCCUAAGACUUUACCCCCUUCCAUAACAACUAUAUAUCAAGUAAUUUUUACACAAACUAAAAUAGUUUCUUAAUAAUGGUGAUCAAAAUUACAAAUGCAAAAACAACUGACAGAAUUAAAACAAAACAAUUUGGAAAUUGAAAAAAAAGCAGUCAAAUAUUUGAGUUAAAACAUCAUAAAGAAUAGAGCCUCAUUCUGAAGUUUUCAUACCUUAAAUUCAAACUUAAUUCAAA